AUGGAGUCCCUGGUUCUCGCCCCCUGGGCGUGGGAGCCGUCCCUCCUCAAGAUGACAGCCUUCUUCCGUUUUGCCCUAUUGGCCGAUUACGACCCGGUGAACGAUAAGCCUGCGGGCAAGAUCAAACCCCCACUCUGGCAGCGGCGGAAUGGAGCUGGCUGCAACCCUACCUCAAGCCCAAAUUUCCGAAAGUGGGGAGCAAUAAUGCAAGCGGAGAUGGAAAAGAGGCCAUGGAGCUGGAUGUGGCCACAGUUCGCCGCUGGACCGUUGGCUGCCCUUGGGGUAUUCUUACACAUGAACCAACCCAUCACGGCCCCGGAACCGAAGUAUCAACCCGAUUAG